AUGUACAAUCUAUGUGAAGAUGAGUUACAAACAAUGGCGGAAUAUCAGAACCAAGAAAAUAAUGAAAAUUAUUUUGGAAAUGAGGAGCAACAAAAGACUUCUAGAGCACCUAAUUUUUCCCAUUUACAUUUCAAAACUUUAUUAGAAUUAAUUGCAGCAUUAUAUGAAUCAGAGAAUAAUACACAAUUGAUACAACUUUCGGCAGAAUUUACAAAUCCAAAUUGUGAAGGACUUUGUGACUUUAUUUAUCGUGGAAGAACAAUUUCAGCACCAGCAUUAAAAGUUGCAUAUUUGGACAUGUUACGAUCAUUAUGUAAGAAUGGGCAGUCAGCGGAAGUUUUCUUUAAUAUUUUUAAAUAA